UUAAAACAAAACUUUAGAAAUGGAUUUAAUGAUAGCUCAUUAUUUGUUAAUUAAAUAAUUAGGUGUUUUUUUAAAAAAAAAUCCAUAGGAAUAUUAUGAUUACUACAUGUAUUUGAUUCCGAAAAUUGCUUGCUUUUUGCUCUAAACAGAGAAUGAAAAUGUUUCUUUUAAAUCUUAUUUGCCUAUGUUUAUGUACAGAAGCCUUUGGUAUUGAUCCAAAACCAAUGUCUGUUCUUUCAACUGAGGCAUUCUUCAUACCAAUAAGCUAUGAAUGGUUCCCGAAAUUUCAAAAAGAUGACCCUUUGGAAUUUACAGCUUCCUUAAUGGACAUGCCUGAUCUUCCGAACUGGAUGUUUAGUCAUCCCAUGAACAGUAGCAAUGCAUAUCUAUACGGAUCAGCUGUUGAAGCAGGAACUGUAAACAUUGAAAUUACUGCACUCAAUAAAAACAACUUUGAUACUGCUUCUGCAGUUCUGGAGCUAUCUGUUCAACCUAGAGAGAAAAUUUUUCAAUAUGAAGUUGAGAUGAAGUUUGUGAACUUAAAUGUUGAUGACAUGUUCCGCUCUGGUAGGCUGAAUCGCCUUGUUGAAGUUUUCAAGACCAGCUUGUGGAAAGAAAGUGAUGACAUUUAUAUAACUAAAGUUGUUUCAUCUUUGGAUGUUGGUGGACGUUUACCCCUGAAUCCCAGAAUGAAAGAAGGAGUAGUUGUUAGAAUUGGUGGAACAUCGCCAUUUUCUCGAGAUCUGGAAGACUUGGAUAGAGAAGUUAUACCUCUGAGAAAUCGAUCCCCAUGCCCCCCUGAUUACAAAAGAACUUCAGUCGAACACCUAUUUCGAAGUAGGAACUUUAUAGCUGAUUGGUGCAGUUUCAGACUUCACUCUGAAAAGCACCAAAGAAAUGUUGGCUCAAGUGAUGGUUGGUCUGAUCAUCCGUACUCCUCUAUACCUCUCACAAGUGAUGAAUACAGUCCUCAGAUUAGUGAUCUGCCAAGAAGAGACCUGCUCAUUGAUUUCAUUGUGUCUAUUAUUAUACCUACAACUAUAGUAGGGGUUGUGUCUCUUAUUCUCACCUGCAUAGUAUGUUGCAACAAGGAUGGAUUGGAUAAAGCUAAUGACGGCACGAGUUUGCAACUUGAUCAGUAUAAUGGAGUACCUCUUGGUUCAAAUCAAAUAAAUAGAUUACAUGGGAAACGAGAUAGCAGUAUGCAGCGUUCAGGUUCUAUACCAGUUUCUUCUUUUCCUAACUCUCGAACUGACAGCCCUGCAUCGACUUUGCCUAAGGGUUGCACUUUGAGAGGCUCUAGUCGAACUGGUACAUUGAGAAGUGUUAUGCAGCCUCCUCCUCCACCCUAUGCAACUUCUUCCUAUCCACCUUCGUAUGUUGGCUCAGCUCGAAAUGUUGCUAUGCCUCCUCAGUGAAGAACAAUAUAUCAGGUCACCUGUUAGAGUGGAGACUGCAAUAGAAUUGUUAUUAGAUGCAGAUGCACCUAAAAAUUUUCUCUGUAUGCCUUUUCUAGUCCUUAUUUUUUAAAGCAUAUAGAAUAAUAUCACAUUGCAGCUAAUCAGUAGGGACCAUUGCAAACUCUGUGCUAGAUUCUAUGCUGUGAAGUGACAGGGGUCAGUAGUGCCUGGAACAUAUUUUCAUUUUCUCUCAUCAUAUUUGUAAUUAUGAAAUAACACGAUUGUACUGUUAUUUUGCAUUCACUGUACCCUUUGCCAAUCACUAUAUCUAUGAUCGUUUUGCUAAAAUUUCAUUUCUAUAAUUCUAUAGGAAUUUAGGAUAUUUUUUUACAUAGAUUGCAAUGUCACUUACUUGUAUGUGUUGAAAAAGAUUUGCAUUGGCGCACAUUUUUAGCAAUAUUUUUUUUUUGUAAAAGAAUCUAAUUCUUUUAAAAUUUUACAUUUAUUUUGAAAAGGUUUUCUUUUAUUGCUGUUAUUAAUAUCUGAAAUAUAAUUGCCAUAUAAAAUAAAUAUGAAAAAUAAUAUUUUUCAUAUUUGUGUUAUUGACAUCAUUAAACAAUGGCUUCUGAAUUGGAAUGAUUUUUCAUUUCUUUUUAAUCAUAUAAGAUUUGAAAUUUUACUUAAGUAACAUGGAAAGCUGUAACUAUUAUGCAAGGCUUUAAUUAUUGUGCAUAGCUGUACUUACUACGGAAAGCUAUAAUUAAUAUGUAAACUUAUGAUAACUAUAUAAAUCUAUUAUUACUAUGCAAAGUUAUAACUAUAUAAGGUGUUUGUAAAUUAUUGGAUACAUCGCAACAAUUUUUUUUUUUAUAUUGAAUGAUAAUAAGUUAAAAAGUCAAUUUAUUUUUAUCUGUCUGUAAAAGGUUAUGAAUCUCUGUAUGUGAUCCUUUGGUUUCUUGCAAUGGGUCCUUUGAAGAUACAUUGAAAUAGUUUAGUUUGAACAUUUUUAAUUCAAAUUUGCCAGUAAUUGAAAUUUAUUGUGUGACCCUUUAAUCACUUGUUUAAAAUUUGAACAUAUUGGAUGUAAACUGUACUUAUUUUGAUGCUUUUAAUGUCUAACUAUUCAAUGUGUUGAAUUCUUAGAUUAUUUCCUGACUUAUGAAGUUUUUUAAAAAAAAUUUAAUUGUAAUCAUUAUUUUGUUUAUUAAAAUUACAUACUAUUUAUUUAUAAAUUAUGUAUUAUUAUUAAAUUUCUGUUAUUAUUUUUAACUUGAAAACUGAUAUUUUUCCUUGCUUAUUUUCAGACAUUUUCUUAGUUAAAAUUUUUGGAUAAAACAGAUGUUUACUCUUGUCAAGUCAAUUUCAUAUUAACUGAAUUGCACUCUAUGUGACUAUCAUGUCUAUUAUAUUUACUAUGUUUCUUUAGAGAUUAAUAGCUGACAUUAUGUGAUUUCUUAUUUGGUGCUUGUUGUGAGAAUUGCAUAAAAGAUAAAAACAUUACAUUAAUUUUAUAUUAAAAUUUAUUUUGUUUUUUAAAAUAUUUUAGAAACUUUAUUUUAUUGUCCAGGAAAUGCACAAAGUUUCUUAUUUAAGAUAACAAUGAACCCCGUACUAUCAUAUCAGUCUUGUUCAUAUCAUAUGAUGCUUUUAAUAUUGAUUGUUAUGCAAGAAAAUUAGAAUUUCUGUCUAAAAAUAUGAAUUUUCAUGGUACAUUGCAAGUUUUUAGUUUGUGAGAAAAUUGUUCGAAAAAGAAUUGCCAAAGAUUGAUAUUUUAUGCUGUUAUAUUUUCUGGUGUGAUUCAUUGUGCACAUAUUAUGUAUGCAAAUUACAUGUUUUAUUUUCUGUACUAUUGUAGGCAACUAUAUUUAAUUUAUACAAAAUAUAUUUGUGCAAAGUAUACAAAAAUGUUAAUGCUUUUUUUUUAAUGAAAAAUGUAUCAUUAAAAGUUAAAGGAAGUUCUGAAGAUAAACUAUCUUUGGACGAUACAUUACAUAAAAUGUAUAAGAAGGCCAUCCUUUUACUUAAAUAAGUGCCAUUCUCAUGUCUCAUUUUUAAAUGUAUAUAACAAUGAUCCAUUAAAAUAUGUAAAACAAUGAUUCAUUAAUUGGUUGAUGAUGCUCUGAUUUUUUUUAUUUACGGUUUUUUUGUGUAUGGUUUUGCUUUUUUCUUUUUUUCUGUACUUAAUUUAUUGAAAUAAUUGAAUGGAUUUUGAAAUUUUAUGUUUAUUUCUCUUUUAAAUUUUUUGUAAGCAAUAUUUAAUUUUAUAUUUUUUCAUGAAGAGCUUAUGUUUAAUUACUGUGCAAUAUUUUCGUUGUUGAUGCCAAUAAAUAUGCUUUCUUGCAGUCAUAAAUUAAUGUUCCUAAAAAAAAUAAACGUGUAGUUUCUGCAAGCUCAUUUGUUACGAAAUUAACCUUAUUUAUCUACUUUUGGAUUGUUAUUGAAACUUAGUUUUAUUUCAUUCAUGUAUUUUUAUGCUUGAUUUACAAGUACAGUUGGUAUUAACAAAAUAUUCAUUUAUUUAUUUUCAGUUGAAAUAUUUUUUUCUCUUAAUGCAGUGUUUUUAAACAUAUGAUUUGACUGCUUUUUUUUUUUUUCUUCUCUCUUUUUGAUUAAUUGUGUCCUAUACGGAUUAAUAACUUUUAUACUUAUACAUUUUAUGAUGUUAAUAAGGCCUUUAUUUACAUUAUGAUAUAAAAUAUGCAUGGUAAUACUUAAAAAUAGAGUGUAAAAGCUUAUUGGAGUAUUCACCUUAUGAUUGUUCUUUGAAUUAUAACUCAUACCUUUGAUACAUUUAUCUUUUACUGACUGGACCAAAAAAUAUGUGCACACUUCAGAGAUUAUGAAAUAUAUCUAAUUUCUAUGAUUCAUAUUUAUCAAUGUAUGAUCUACAAAGAAAAUUAUUAGUUUAUUUAACUUGAAAAUUAACUGUAAAUGCAUACAUAGAAUUUUGAAAAACACAUAUUUAAUGUGAAGAAUUUCAAUGCUAUUCACCACAUCCAUGUGAAUAUGAUCAAGAUUAAGAAUGAACUCAUGACUAGCUGAGAUUGACCCUUAUAAAAUAAUUUUUGAAAGAUAACAUUUGCAAAUAUACCAGUUGAAAUAUUCUGAACACUAAUUAUAAUACCACUGUGCCUGUACUAUAAAUUGUUUCUUCUGGAAUAACCUCAAUAUUUCAAUUAUUAAUAAUUCUUUUUCUUUUUUGUAGUAUUCAACUUUUGGUUGGUGAUAACAAUUCUUCUUGCAAUAAUUAUUCAGAGUGUGCAUACAUUUUUUGGUGUGAUUCAUAUACACUGACCACUAUGGUUUGGGCUUCCAUAUAUCAUCACCAAAAAACUAUGUGACUACUUUAUAAUAGCACAAUCUGUUUUAUUCUUAUAAGAAUUCUGUUACUGAGCAUAUCGCUGAACCCAUAUCUCAUGUUGAAAUUUAUUUACGAACUCAAUAAAUUUUUUAAGUGGUGAAUGGAAAACACAAAUAAGAAUUGAUUCUCUUUUUAAUUACAAAAUAUAGUAUACAUGCUAACUGAAGUAUACAUGACAAAUGAAAGAGGAGGGAGAGUAAUUUUAUGUGAAUUGUUUGCUUUGUAGUUGUAAUUCAAAUGAAAUUAUUAUAUUUACUUUCCUCUAUAGUAUUAAGAUAUUGGUAUUAUGACAUUAUAUUAUUAUAGUAUUCUCUUAAUUAUAGCACCCAAAAGAAAAUAUUUAUUAUCACUGCAAGUGUGUAGUAACUAAUACAAUAAAAAGUAUUCUAAAAUAAAUUUUAAACAUAAUUUCUAACAUUUAUUAAGAUUAUAUGUGUAAAAUCAAAUUAGUAUCGCUAAAAAAAAUAAUGCUUUAAAUUUUAAUUUGAUGUGAAAAUAGAUUUUUUUUAAUAAUAUGCCUUAAAGCUGAUGAAGGAAAAAGUUAAAAUUUUAAUUAUUUUUAAUUAAAAAUCUUAUAAUUUUUUUUAAGUUAGUCGCUUAUUACCCAAAGAAGUAACUGUGUCCCAAAUUUGAAAUUGCAAGACCAACGAUCUGCUGUAUAGUGUUUUGAACAUUUUUGUUUGCCCCUUCAUUCAUGUUGCAUGACACAAUCAACAAGUGUUUAUCAUAUUAAAAUAAUGGCAUGAAAGUUGUUAUUUUUGGAUGUCUUUCUUUACCAUAUGUUUUUAAUUACAUUCAAAUAUACUUCUCAAACAAGAAAUUGAGAAUUUGGAAUAAGGCUUAGUCUUUUAUGUUCUUGAUCACUGGUAGAUUUGGCACUUAUAUUUUGAUAUCAAUUCAGUGAUCAUCAUUGGACCAUUGUUCAGUGAAUCACUCAUUUAACUUUAUGGUGUGUUUUUAAAAUUAUCAAAUGAGUAAAACAAUUAUAAUUAUCUUUAUGUCCAAAGAAAAUUCAGCUCUCAUCAAAAUUUUUGUUCUCGCAUGAUAACAGAAUCAAUUUUUAUUAUUAUUAUUUAUUUAUUUUGUAAGCAUAGUAAUUUAAUUUUAUUACAAAAAAAAUUCAGUGUUUCAUGAAAAAAUAUUUUAAAUGGAAAAUUUUGUGCGAAAGUAGUUUUCUCAUGCUGAAUGUUACUUUUUAACAAUUUUCUGGGAAAAUGAAAUGUUUGAUUUUUUUCAUUGCUUUUUUUUAAUGAUAAAUGUAUUUUAUGUAAUUUAGCUAGAUUUAUUUAGAAGCUAUUCUUCUGUUUUUCAUUUGAAAACUAAAAAAUUUUUUUAAAUAGUAUUAUUUUUAUUCUCAAAUUAUUUUGAAUUAUACGGUUGAAAUGGUUUGUUUGGUUUUAUAAAUACAAUUUCUAUUUUCAUUUGAGAAUAUAAGUUUGUUUGCUGAAAAUAUAAAAUUUUCAUUUGACUUUUUAUGGAUACAAGUUGCAUUUAUUUACAUGUCAAUAUUUUUGAAAUGAAUGCAUGAAAUUGUUUUUGUAAUAAUAAUUUUUAAAUAUUAUGUGGUCAUGUAUAGAAUUGUAUGAUAGA